AUGCCUCGAAUCAAGACUGUGCAUUCGAAGGUUACAAAGGCUCCACGUCGUUCUUUUGAGAAGGAGCGUCUCGACCAGGCUAUCACUGCUCUUCUUCGCCGUCUUGUACGUAUUGGAGUGCUUCCUGAGGAUCGAAUGAAGCUCGAUUACAUUCUCGGUCUUCGUGUGGAAGAUUUCCUCGAGAGACGUUUGCAGACGCAGGUUUUCAAGUUGGGAUUGGCAAAAUCCAUUCAUCACGCCCGUGUCCUAAUCAGACAUAGCCACAUUCGGGCAGUUUAA